CGUAAGUACAUCAUUGUCGCCGUGGACUACUUCACCAAGUGGAUAGAGGCAGAAGCGCUUGCGCCAAUCACGGCCCAACAGGUGGUGCGUUUUUUGAAAAAUAAUGUACUCACCAGGUUUGGUGUCCCAAACUCAUUCGUAUUCGACCAUGGCAUGCAAUUCGACUGCGCAAAAGUCAUAAACUUUUGUGAUGAGGUAGGCGCCAUAGCUCGAUUCACGUCGGUAGCGUAUCCCCAAGCUAAUGGCCAAGCGGAGGCGGCGAACAAGUCAAUCUUACACGGCCUGCACACCCGCCUCGGGGAAGCGAAAGGUAAGUGGGCAGAGGAGCUACACACAGUCCUAUGGGCGCAUCGAACAACAUUCAAGGCAGCGACGGGCGAAACCCCGUUUGCGCUAACCUACUGCAGUGACGCGGUCAUCCCAAUAGAAACAGUCAUACCCACAUACCGCAUCACCAUGUUCAACGAGGAAGACAACAACGAAGCUCGACUCACGGACCUCGAGCUAACUACGCAAAGUACUACAACGCCAAAAUGGUCCCACACAACAUCCAAAUCGGAGACCAAGUGCUGCGGCGUAACUUUCGCCCCGACGCGAAACAUGGGAAGCUAGCGUCAACAUGGGAGGGACCAUACCUCGUCCGCGAGGUCGUAGGCGUCAAUACCUUCAAAAUCAGCACGAUUGGCGGCGAGCCAAUCCCACGAACUUGGAAUGCCCAGAAUUUAAGGAAGUACCACAAGAGAUUGUAAUCACCGCCCAUGUACCUUCACGACCGGUUUAAUUAAUGAGAUAUUCCUCCCCCAUGCAAUAACACAGUAUAUGACCGAUCACGAACCGCGCUACGAAAUAAUCAUGCAUAUGAUGCGCGACAUGUCCCGCAACCACGAGUUGCAAUGCAAAACAAAUAGAGCUACCAAGUAGCCAUGUAACUGCGCGGUUCUACAAAAUAAUCCCGCAUAUGAUGCGCGAUAAAUAGAGCUACCAAGUAGUCAUUUAACCGCGCGGUCAUGAACCGCGCUACGAAAUAAUCACGCAUAUGAUGC